AUGCCGGCGCCGGUGCCACCGCUUCCGCCGCCCGUGGCGUACGCCACGGCCGAACCGCGGUUUCGCCGGUGCGUCCGCAAAUUCUUCGCGCACCUGUUCAGCAACCUAGGCCUGUUUGGGCUGGUGGCCGGUUACGUGAUCGUCGGCGCGUUCGUGUUUCGGUUCCUGGAGGCCGGGCACGAGCGCCAGCAGCGCGACCGCAUCGGCCGCCUCAAGAACGAAUGUCUGGGCGAGCUCUGGAACAUCACAGGUGCGUUUGUGUAUACCAUAUUCGUAUAAUCACCCAUCGUCUCUCUCCGUUAAGUUAACACGACCUUGUGUCACGAUAUCGUGUACUGGUUUGCGGUUGCCAGUCUCAAUAAUUACGCAAAAGGCCGACCCUUGUUAAUUGCGAGGAGUAAAAAAAAAAAAUUCCGUUGGGUUUUUUUCUUUUUUAAUAACAUCUUGUAAGAAUUUCGUCGGCACGAUGCCGCAAUGGUUUAAUUGAACCGAUUUUCGGCGAAUCGAUUAGCUUAUUCUCACCGCUUCCGUCGCGAUAGUGCCGUCGACAAAACAAUUGUAUUUGCUGUUCUUUGAACGGCCUCGGGCUGUCCCUUCCGUACGAACACCCCACGCCGCGAACCGCGUGAUUAUCGCAGGUGUGUUUACCGAUCCGUGAGACGAUUUCGCACGGAACGAACUACACGCCCGCCGAACGACGGCCCACGGCCAACGCAGUCAUAACUCAGCGCGACGUAUAUUUGGUUACAUCUGUAAGGCACUUGUGUCAAUUUUAUCCUAUCAGUUAACACUUUCGUUCUAGCUGUGACGCCUAAUAUGCGUAUGUUUAACCAACAAUCAAUCUAUGUUUAUUGGAUAUCAUUUAAAGUUGAUAUAAACAAAUAGAUACGUUUAAAAAAUGAUUUUGAAAAUUGAUAAAAAAAUUUGAUUAAUGAAUUGAUAAAAAAAAAUUUAAAAAUUGAUAAAAAAAAAAUUCACGAAUACGUGUGUUUAGCAAAUUAAUUAAGAAGUACUGUGGAGGACUAAGACCUUCUGUGGCUUAAAUACAGUCUUAAAGACAGCUCCCUAAUAUCCGCCUACGAAAAAGGCCCCUUCCCGAACACUUCGACGAAUUACUUGGUGCCAAAACGAAUUACGUGCGUAAUUUUUGAAAAUUAACUAACUAUUUUCGGUUGAGGUUCUAGGAAAUUUCCCCGUUUGCGUCACGAGCACGUAAAAAAAAUGAAAACCUUGUAGAAAUAAAAAAAAAAAAAAAAAAUAUGUGUCAAUAUUUUACUAAAAUAAUAACCAAUUUUAAAACUUAACCUACUGAAACUAACUAAACUAAAAAUGGAACGCGAUAGGAUUUUCGGUCGAAAAUUUGUUGCAUGCAAAAUAGGUGUGUAACAACGAUAUUUUAAAUCUAAGAAAAAAAAAAAACAAAAAAUAACGUUUCCCGGCUAAAUGUUCCGGUGGUUACUCAAUGGUUUUUACGGCACUGCAGGUGGCACUCGUUAUAUUAUAAACACUUGGGAGUUUCGCGGGCCAAAGGAAAGAACAAUGGCUGAACUCGUCCAUUUCAUUUCACUGCGAACCACGAAGGUAAUCGUUCGCAAUAAACCACGUUCAUGUCUUAACGAUGAGAUCCCUUCUGUAAUGUAUUUCGUACAGUUUUCGCGAGAGCGUAAUAAUACAUUUCAUGACCGAGUUAAAUAUUUUGUACACUACGUAUACAAAUAAUAAUAUUUUAUAUUGUUCGAUAUUUUAAGACAAUAAAAAAAAAAAGAAAAAACCUUUUUUUUCCAGAUAUUAUAAAAAUUAUUUAUGUACAUGGCGAUUAUUAUCCGCAUAGAUUACGAGUGAAACUGAUUUUUCAUCCAAAUUUCAGUAUUCCAUACGACUUCGGCUUCCGUUAUAACUUCGUUUCGUCUUCCGGUCUAAAUUGUACACUCUUAUAACUCGUAUAAACGGAUUGUCUAAUAUUAUAGUGUAACGUGUUUAUCGAAAUUCUUAGAAAAAUAUUCUAUUUUCCAAUCUGUGUUGGAAAUAUGAGUGGUUCCCAUUUGAAAAUCAAAAUUUAAUAUUCAAAUAAGGCAUAAACAGUAUAAAGCAGUGCAGCGGUUAUAUAAUGAGCAUUUUCUAACCCGACAGUAACAACCCCCUUGAGGGUUACGGGCAUGUUCGACAAAUUAUGAAUUACAAUAAUAAAUAAACAUAUUUAUUUAUUUGUUUAAUAUUAUUUAGCUAUGUGGGACUAUAUUAUUACCAUGUUAAUCCCAUAUCAUGUUUAA